AUGCAUCACAUCCAUAUCCUACAACUAACUUCUACAUUACAACCAACUCCAAAUGGUUAUUUGUGGCUCUCUGAUUUAGAUCAGGUUGUGCGUCUAAGCCACCUACCACUUGUUUUAAUUUACAAACCGAAACAGAACCCAGAGAAUGUCAUCGAAACCUUGAAAAACUCUCUCAGCAAGAUUCUUGUUCAUUACUAUCCUAUCGCUGGUCGUUAUUCUUAUACAAAAGGUGGUCGAGUUGAAUUGAAUCUCAAUGCAAAAGGAGCUGUUUUGGCAGAAAUUGAAACAAUAAAAACAGUUGAUGAUUAUGGUGACUUUUCACCUUAUGAAUCUACCAGAGAGCUUAUUCCAAAAAUCGAUUAUAAUCAACCCAUAGAAGACAUUCCAUUGUUUCUUGUUCAAGUCACACGAUUCUCAGACAAAGAUGAAGCUUUUGCGUUCGCUAUCGGAAUUGCUUACUCUCACCCUUUAUCCGAUGGUGCUGCUUUUAACAAAUUGUUAAAUUCAUGGGCCAAAAUAGCAAGAGAGUUAAAGCCACCACCAUUCAUUCUUGGAAGAUCUGACGCAAAUAUUGAAAGAAACAAGAGUAUGAGAGCUGAAUUAUUGAAACUCACAGCAGAACAAGUUGAAAAGUUGAAGAAAAAGGCUAAUGAAUUUGAUAUUCCAAAAGGGCCAGUUCACACCAAAAUCUGCCUUGCUAACCAUAUCAAGGCAAAUAAGACUUACAAGCUGAGCCAAAACCAUGUUGCAAUACCAAAAUUUUGCAGCAUUGAACAUCUGUUGCAACAUGAGACCUAG